AUUUUGCCAGAUUCUUCAGUCAUUGCUGGCAGCAGACGAAUCCCUGCUGAAGUCAACAAAAUCAGCCAUCAUGACGGUCGAGUUUCCAGGCAUUGUAACACAGCAGUUAACAGAGAUGAUACAGGUUCAGAUCACAAGUCAUUUGGCACAGGGCAAAGCAGACGCAAUCAUCACCUUUUGGUUGAAGGCUAUCUUCAAAGUGUGCAGGUUUUUCACUGAGAGGAACAGUUGCUACGUGGCUGAUGUUUUGAUCAGGUGGAGUUUUGUCAAGAAGGGAGUGCUGGUGAUCAUCUCAGACAUCUUCAAGGAGAAUCUAUGUGGUCAGUGUCUGCUUGCUACUGCCUGUUUUUAUAGUAUACUUAAUUAUUUCAGUUUUUUAAAAAUGAUUUUGAAAUUCUGUGCUGCUGCAAAGAAUCGCCAUGGACUUGUCACCUCGAUGUUCCAGUGGAUCUCUUCUUCCAACACACUCCCCUCCUACAUGGACAGCGCUUCCUUGCCGGAGUUCCCUUGGCUGGCCUACAUGAUUCUGAUUGUAGAGGGGGAGAUGGAAGUAAACACACAGCUUUGGCAGACCCUCAUCAAUGAACUCCACACGCCUGGCAAGCCAAACGUGGAAAAUGCUCUCAAAACUGCUGUGGCCAAGUUGCAACUUGAACAGGCACCAACAGUUGGUAGGCUGACAAUCUACAGGUGGGCUCAGCAAGCCUUAGAUACACCCUAUGACCAUCCCUUACUGCCCAUUCUGUGGCAGAGAUUCUUUGCCUUGUAUCUUGGAAGGCAGGUGUUUGAAUCUAGCAAUGCUCGCCGUGCCAGUGUGGGCGAGAAAUUCUUUGAAUCUGUCUACUACUCUGGAAUGCUGAAGAAGAUGAGGAAGCGCUUGUUGGAAACCGCUACGUUCCACAUGAACUUUGACCCUCAGAAGAAGGAAAUCACGAGGCGGCGGAAGAGUUCCCACAGCCCGGGUACACCUCCUGGGGGAGAACUUAGUUUAGGCUUUGAAGCAGCAGCUGCAGAGUCUGCUUUUGAGGAGGAGAACCUGGAGUACAUCAGCUCUAAGGAGUUUCAUCAGAUGUUAGCUAAAUUGUAUCAGAUGUACAGCCUGUGGCUGGAGGAGCCCCGUCUGCAUGAUGGCAACCUCUACCUUCCAGCUCUUCCACCCCAGUACGAGGCAGCCAGGCUUAACCAGGUUUUCCAGGGCUUUAUGGGUCCCUGGUUGGAGUUUGUAGACCUAGAAGGUGUUCAGUAUACUCUGAGUUGUCUGGCUGCUGACUGGAGAAAACGUCUCACUUGUUCAAAAACAUCAUCUCAGCAAGUUGCCAGGAGAAACACCCAGUUGGAGCCAGAAAAUGCUACCGAGCGAAUAAUCCGACGUCUGAGACGGUUUGAAACACCCAAAAGUCCGCCUGCCAUCCAGAAUAUUCAGAGUGCUGUCCCUCCUGUGAGUUCUACCAUUGUUGAUGACAAAGAAUCUGUCAUACAUCUAGUGACAGCAGAUCUGCAAGUUCUCACCAAUUUCACCAAGAUUUUCUCAGCCCGCUUGGCUCACCACUGUGCCUUGGAUAAUGCCUAUGUUGAACUCGUGUCAGAGCUCUAUUCAAAUGUCACUAAAACUUUAAGUCUAACAAUCGAGUGUGGAAGCAAGGUCAACCCGCUACAUCGCUGUACUGGUCCAGCAGUGAUACCUUUCAAGCUGCAAGUGAAACAGCUGAAUGAGAUAGUCCAGCGAAGGAUAGAUGAAAAUAGGGUUGAAUACAAGCAAGUCAUGAUUGAGUCUCUGCUGCCCACAGCUCCUAGUAUAUGUGUGGCUGCUGUACAUACAGAAAAUAUCAUCACGUUGCUCAUCAAGCAGUUCCAGAGAACCACGGAUGAAGCCCGGCUGAAAAAAAUCAAUGACAUUGCUUGCCAUCUCUUCUUCUACAUGGCCGGACUUGUCAGUAGCGAGACCGACUUCUAUCCUCCAACUAAACUGUUUCUGGCUUCCUGCAUUGACAUCCUGGGACAGCAUUUUGUGUCUCAGAACCCACAUCAGACCCAGCAUGUUCUCCAGUUGUGCCUAGAGAAGCCAUCGGUGGCCGGACUCAUCUCCCCUCACUUUGUCCCGAAUGCCUGCCCACAGAACCUGGUGUUCAUGUAUGGACAGCUGCUGCAUGUUCUACAGAACCAAAACAUGGAUCUUGUCUUCAUGCUGCUCACUAAGUUCGACAUUCGGAACUGGCUGACAUCGACCUGCCCUAAUGAAGCAGACAGGAAGAGGUUUGUGGAGUCACUAGGGUCUGCGAUGAUGGCAUGUGGAGCUGAACCGCCCUCAGAGUCCAAGCUGGUGUUUGGGCUGUAUUUGUCACAUCUGGCUGCAGUCCUUGAGAGUAAUUUCCCUUCCAGUCUCUACAUCGUUAUCAACAUGAUACUUCAAGGAUCUGUGUCUGAACGAUUGCACACCCGAGUCUGGGAGACAUUGCUGAAGUCGUGUUUCACUAAUCGAGCUCUGCUGCACAGUGAUUCUACUGGACGUGAGAGAUCAGACACCAUGUUUGAUCCAUCACAAGUGGAAACAUGUGUAGACUCAAAACUCUCAACAGUGCAGGUGAAGGAAUUACUGGACUGGUUAAGCUCAUUUUUCUUGCACAUGAGAAUGACUGAUCCACAGACCAUGAACUUUGGCCUCUAUUCCUGGUGGGGUCGCUAUGUGCCUUACAUCAGCCUGAUGAUGGGUGCCUUGGCACGCAGUUUUGUUACCAAGGUGAUUAAUGGAAACGAAGACAUGCCUCCAUACCAGAUUAUGGCUCUGCUGUGGCAGCCUGUGGUGACGGUUUAUCACCCUUGGAUUCAACCUCUUACGGCUGCAGAUGGCAGCAUCGUUGCCCCGUGGGUAGAGGCAGAUGACACAUUGGCUGUAGAUGUAGUGUCAUCCUUCCGCAAAACUGUCCACUUUAUUUAUCAGCAGAUGAACAUCAAACACCCAGCCAACUCUAGCGGAGUGCUGUCCCUGCUACUGAUGUAUUACAUGACUGGACUCAGCACCAAGACCACAGCCUCACACACAACCGCCAUUUAUGUGGCCGAACUCCAGCAGCUGCCGUGGCAAGAGUUACGACCAGACCUACAGUUGCUGGAAACUAUGGUUAAGAUGAAGGAAGUUAGCUCCCCUUGCUGCUUCAUUCUGAUUGGACACAUUCUGCCCCAGAUUCAGUGGCAGAGUUUAAUGAGCCAUUCCCUGUCCCAGCAGCAGACUCCGGGUCAUGCAGAGGUCACAGCAAGGAUGCAGGCAGGACUGGCAGUUCUGCUGAUUCAGGCAUAUGUGGAUCCAGAAUUCUCACAGGAUGCAGAGAUAAACAAAUUGCUGUCUGAGGCUCUGACAUUUGAUUGGUCAAUGGUGACCCCAGAAGGUUAUUCCUGUGUGUCUAGUUGGUUCAUGCAGCUGUGUGACCCUAAAUGCGUCCUGGCUGAAAGGUCAUCAAAUCUGGCUCUUGGACUUCGACUGCUGAAAGAGGUUGGAGGCUUCAAGGCAGAUGUAACCUGGACGCUGCAGGUGUCCCUGAAACGUUUAGCUUAUCUUCACUGCAUCACCCAGCAGAUCUGCCAGUUGACCUACCUGCUGGAGGUUGAACAGGAUUUGGUUAAGACUGUCAUCAUCAACCUCAUGUCAGAGGUUGAAGCUGUUGUGUCUGCAGUGCCAGUAGUGGACCUGCAAGAAGCAGAGGCUGUGACUUUACUGAAAGACAUUCUGAGUCUCCUGAACAACAGCAACCCUGAAGGUGCCUGGUUGAGCAUGAUUAUGAGCUCAUUGACCGGCUGGCUCAAGUCCUCCCCUCAGAGUCUGCUGCUCGUGCCAUGUAUGAAGGCUGCCUCCCACUCUCUGGCAUCCCUUCGACAAAUGUCCGCUCUUAUGGAGGUCUUGAUUGACGUUUACUUUGUUCGAAUGGACAAGACCAGUGAGGGACUGAAUGGCUGGCCAUUUAUCCUGUCGGUGUUUCAAGUUCCCGAGCUGAACCAGGCGGGCUACGUCCAGGACUCUCUGACGGAGAAUGCCUUCCUGGCUUUGUAUGCCUACCUCCAACACAAGCUUCCCUCCUGCAGCAGUCUCAGUGAUGAGCUGGUGAUCAUGGAGGAGAUUCUCGACUGGUCCACACGAGCCCAAGCAAACGAAGAAGAUGAAGCCAAGCUAAUCUUGUGGUGGCACCUUCUCCUACGGCUCUCCGUCAGACAAGUCCAGUUCCAAGCCAAAUCCUUUACUGGCACCAUCAACAUCCUCAGUCGUUUCACCAACCACCUCAACCAGCUGGCCCAGGAGAGGACAGGCAGAGGCUUCCUGGGAGCAAUCGGCCUAGGGAGGAGGUCGCCACUCUCUGUCAAGAUGCGUGUUCUUACUCGAUCGUUGUCAGCGUUCAUUUCUUGCCAGAUAGUCAGUACAGAUGUACUUCGUACCAGCGCAUCCUCAAGUCUGACCUCAAACUCUGCAGUCGCUGAGUUUCAAGCACUCCGAAAAAACAAAUCCUAUUCUCAGUUCAUACCAACCAUCGAUAGGACUAUUAGCUUUAUUCAGGAUGCAGAUCACACGAUCCUUGAUGUUCAGUUGUUUCUCGGCCAGUUAACAAAAGACCUGUAUGGCCAAACACAGUACUUAUGUGAUAUUGUUAAGCUAGCCUGA